AUGUCCACCGAUAUACCAUUGUUAGAUUCCGCCCUUUUGGACUGCUAUGGCCGUUUCAUUACUCUGUUGCCUGAAGAUGUCCUCCGUGACCAUAUCCACCUCUGUUUUAUUUUACAGGAGGCUUAUUGGUGGUACUGUGACAAGUGGUGUGCGAAACAUGACGAUUUACCGAAAAUGACAUUGGCACAGUUCAUUCACCUUGUGUGUAAUGACUGUCCAAUCAUAAAACCAUAUGUACCGCAAGAUGACCUUCCAGGUUUGCUGUCUUCCUGGAAAGUUUAUAGCAGAGGAAUCCCAGUUCGGGGAGCUAUAAUCCUCUCUAGAGAUUUGAAACGAGUGCUACUAGUUCAGAGUUGCAAUAGUAAAAAGUGGUCAUUUCCACGUGGUAAAGUAGAUCAAGAUGAAGAUGAUAUGACGUGUGCUGCAAGAGAAGUCAUGGAGGAAACGGGACUUUCAGUAGGAAACUGUAUGCACAAUAGUGUAUACGUUCAGAAUACAAGAAACGAUGGAACAAAUUUGCCAGAUGCUAGUGUGGAUGUGAAGCUCUACAUUGUGCCCUGCUUUGACGAUAGUUUAAAAGUGUGCCCAGUUUCAAAGUAUGAGAUUUCAGGACACGCGUGGAUUGAGCUAGAUAAGUUGAAAGCGGGAAAUCCUGGAGUGUCUACGUAUCAAGUUCGCCCAUUUGUGGAAAAGGUUAUUGAUUUCGUGCGGUGCUUUAAACGAGGACGUUUUAAAUCGCAAUUUCCACAACAGUACGCCUACUAUAAGAGGUGUUUUAAGGGUGAAUCAAGCGAAACUAGAAAUACUUCCCAGGAUCAAAAGAAUGCUCCGGGUGAGAGUAAAAGCGGUAAAAAAGUUGCAAGUGAUGAAACCGUACCAUAUAUUGUACGCGGAUCAAAAGAGAUUGGAACCUGUGGAUCCAUCCAUGCCUUGGAAGAAGGAGAAAAUGCAUCUAGCGACUAUGAAGGGAAAAUUGUGCCAAAAAUGUACAGAAAUUUUAAAUCUAGAAAACAACAUGUUAGUAAACUUAUGGAUAGGCAGAAUAAUGAAACAUUUGGAGAAAAUGCAAGGUGGAGCCCAGAUGAAAUGUUUAGAAUAAAUACGGAAAAGUUUGGAGUAGUUUCAACUUAUGAAGGUACGUUUAAUCUGUAG